AUGCACGCUCUGAUCAUCGGUGGCAGUGGCCGCACUGGCAAGCUGGUUAUCAAGGAACUGUUGCGACGAGGACAUGAGGUCACUGCACUUGUCCGAGACCCAGCUGCAAUGGAAGGACUAACCAACGUCAACACGGUCCAAGGAUCACCAACCCAACUCUCCGACGUCAGAAAAGCCUUCCACACUCGCAUCCCAGACGUCGUCAUCGUCACCUUGAACGCCCCCCGCGCCUCUGACAGCCCAUUCGCCGCGCCGAUAUCCCCACCACGACUAAUGGCCGACAGCAACGCCAACGUGGUCACAGCCAUGAAGGAAUUCGGUGUUCAGAAGGUAAUCAUCAUGCAAGCCUUUGGCGUGGGGGCGUCAUGGCCAAACAUGUCCUGCUUGUUGCGCGGAUUGAUGAGCAAGUCCAACAUGAGUUAUCAGUAUGAUGAUCACAAUAUGACCGCCAAGGAGGUUCGAGCUAGUGGUGUCACGUAUGUGAUGGUUCGUCCGUCGCGGUUGGUGGAGAGUGAUGUUACGGCGGUGCGUGAGUGGCCUAGCGAUGGGAAGGGGGUGCCUUUGAUGGGUAGUACGAGUCGCAAGAGCGUUGCUUGCUUCUUGGUAGAUGCUGCUGAGGAGUCCCGGUGGGAUAAUACUGCGCCGGUGAUUACGAACUGA